AUGAGGAAGGAUUUCAAAAUAGCGGUCCUAUGGCUCCGUGGUCACGUGACUCCUCUGUUUACAGACAUCCGGAGAAACAUGGAGGACACCACUGGCAGUAAUCCCCAAUCUCUCGGAUUUACAGAGAAACUGAAGUCUUGGCUGUCUUGGUCAUGGACAUACGUGUGCUUCAUCUGGUUCGGCAUGGUGCUGAUUAUGAUUUACGUCCUGUGGAGUCCGCUGAAACUGCAGGAAACUCUUACCUCAGCCUCAGUGUUUUUGAACACACUGACUCCCAAGUUCUAUGUUGCUUUAACUGGAACCUCCUCUCUCAUCUCUGGACUCAUCCUUAUAUUUGAAUGGUGGUAUUUUCGGAAAUAUGGGACCUCGUUCAUUGAACAAGUGUCGGUGAGCCACCUGCGUCCUCUGCUGGGUGGAGUAGAGAGCAGCUCCACAACUGGUCUGUUCUCAUCAGUUAAUGGAGAGGCAGAGCCCAGACCCAGUGUCUCAGAAUGUAAGGUCUGGAGGAACCCUUUGAAUCUUUUCAGAGGAGCAGAAUAUAACAGGUACACCUGGGUGACUGGGAAGGAACCCCUAACGUACUAUGACAUGAACCUGUCUGCUCAAGAUCAUCAGACCUUCUUCACCGGAGACACUCAGCAGUUAAGGCCAGAGGAUGCUGUGAUGCAGAAGGCCUGGAGAGAAAGAAAUCCUCAAGCCCGGAUCAGAGCAGCUUACCAGGCCAUAGAAAUGAACCACGAAUGUGCAGCAGCUUAUGUUCUUCUAGCAGAAGAAGAAGCCACCACUAUCACAGAAGCUGAACGCCUCUUCAAAAAAGCAUUAAGUAUUGCUGGAAAAGAUAUAAACUUACUGGUGUACAUUAAACGCAGACUGGCAAUGUGUGCACGCAAGCUGGGGCGCAUCAAAGAAGCAGUAAAAAUGAUGAGAGAUUUAAUGAAGGAGUUCCCUCUGUUGGGAAUGUUAAAUAUACACGAAAACCUCCUGGAGGCACUUCUGGAGCUUCAGGCAUAUGCUGAUGUCCAAGCAGUCCUUGCAAAAUAUGAUGACAUCAGCUUGCCAAAAUCAGCCACUAUAUGCUAUACAUCUGCACUGUUGAAAGCACGGGCCGUUUCAGAUAAGUUCUCUCCAGAAGCGGCGUCCAGGCGAGGGUUAAGCACAGCAGAAAUGAAUGCAGUGGAGGCCAUACACAGAGCCGUGGAGUUCAAUCCACAUGUGCCAAAGUACUUAUUAGAGAUGAAGAGCCUGAUCCUGCCUCCAGAGCACAUCUUGAAGAGGGGUGACAGUGAGGCAGUGGCGUACGCCUUCUUCCACCUGCAGCACUGGAAGAGAGCAGAAGGAGCCUUAAACCUACUACACUGCACCUGGGAAGGCACCUUCCGAAUAAUUCCCUACCCACUGGAGAAGGGUCACCUGUUUUAUCCCUACCCAGGAUGCACAGAAACAGCAGAUAGGGAACUACUUCCCUCUUUCCAUGAGGUGUCUGUGUACCCAAAGAAAGAGCUUCCCUUCUUCAUCCUCUUCACAGCAGGCCUUUGCUCUUUCACUGCCAUGCUGGCCAUGCUCACACAUCAGUUCCCUGAGCUCAUGGGUGUCUUUGCCAAAGCAUUCUUCAGCACACUCUUUGCACCCCUGGGUUUCUUUGCAGACAAGAUGGAAAGCUUCAUGCCGUCCAGUUUUUGGCACCAGCUGACUCGGAUCUGACCCCAUCUCACACGCACACACACACACACACACACACAAUGCAUACACGCACACACGCAUACAUCAGUACCACUCCAAACCCUCGGACAAAAAGUGUUUGCUCUCCUGUCUUCAGCAUUACUGUCCACUUGCUGCAUUGUUACUGAUUAUGUUGGCUGAGGUUGUAUCAACACAGCAAUACCACUCCUAAGAUGCUCUCCCACACUGUUCCAACAGACGGUUUUUCCAAGAACACAUUUGGCGAAUACCAUUUGCAACAAUUUCACAGGGUCACUCACUCGUUAUGAUUGUAACUUGGGGGAAAUCCUACAUUUUUCAACAUCCCACAAAGCCCGGCUCUAAAUUUGGACAGUUUAUUCACAGUAAUGAAUUAAACCAUGAAAGCUGCAUGAUUUUAUCUUCUCCCGCCUAGACAGAUGAGUUUGUUUCUGCCAGUGUGUGUGUACGUGAAGGAUUUCUAUCUCAGAAUAUCUGUUUAUGGAUACAGCUUAUCACAGUCUUCUCUUUUCUCGGUGUAAUUAUUUUUGUGUAUCAAAAAGAUUCCAUAUGGCAUUUGAGAUGGGAACCUGUGUGUCCUACAUCAACCCGCAGUGCCUCACAGACAUCCAGCGGGGCAGAUCUAAAAGUCUGUGAGACCUCCUAAAAACACAGCUGUGAUUUACAGCCUUGGAGUGGCUGCAGUGUAUACAUCACCUCUGCAGUUCAACAGUUGUUACCAAGGCAUGACACCUCGGCACUAUAUCACUGGGGCAACCGGCGCCCCUCACAACAUCAAAAUGUGAAUGGGAUCGUCACUGGUCACAGUUCGGCCUCUCAUGGCAUCACUCAUUUCUGAUGAUUGCACUGCACAUUCUAUAACUUCACCGUUUUGGUCAUCUGUAUAGAAAAAAAAAAGAGAAUCAUACAGCUUAGUCGAUGUAACAAAUAUCUGGAAUACAUAUGGUUGCAGUCAUUUUAAAUGUACUGUGUUAGAGUUGUUUAAAAGUUCACUGGUGUGCAUUGAUCCUCUGUAGCUCUCAUAAUGCACUGACAGCGUAUUUAAUUGGUCGCUUUUAGGAGCAUUUUAAGCUGUAAUCAAGAAAUACAGAGACAUUGUACUAAAUAAUUUUGCCCCCCAAAUAUACAUUAGACUAAGAUAAUCCUGCCGUAUGAUGUACUAACUGACAGAUACCAUACUAACUGACAGAUACCAUACUAACUGACAGAUACCAGCCUUUCAGGAACACGUGUGUGGUUUGCUUUGUAAUAAAACCUGUUCAUGUAGUAUUUAUAUAUAUUAUUCUACACCACAAACACAGUGAAACUGCAAAGAAUGUAACAAAGUUAAAUGUUGAAAAUACAUCAGUAAUGUAUUGUACAGUAAUAUCGUGAUGACCCAUCAUCCCAGCUGUUUAUUGCACAGACAGGUUUUAUGGCAUUUGAAACCAUUUGUUAAGUUAUGACGGAUAGUUAUUACAUUAUCAGUGGCUACAGCAGCUCAUGCCUCUGACAUCAUACUGACACCUCUCCGCUUCAUAUGUGACUACAAUGUGAUAAUAAUAAAGUGCCUUUUUAGUACAACCAACUACUAAAUGACCACUUACUGAACACCAAUUUGGCAUUUACAGCAACUACAAUAUUGAUGUAACCAAAUUAUUCCCAGUGAUUAGAUUUAUGGCACAUAAACGUAUGCUGUUUUAGUGUGUUUUUUUUAAUCUGAGAUUAUAUUGGUAUUAAUUCUGGUCAAAACUACAAGGAUUCUGCUUAAAUUUCACACUCUGGUCAGUGGCAUUCGUCUAUUUAAAUUCACAUAAAAUAUCUGUACCAAGCAGCUGAGUUUUAAGUACAUGCUGAAGACAGGAGAACGUGUGAACAAUUGUAACUACCCUUGGAUGAGUUUGAAAGCAAAACUUACAAUAAAAUACUCAUUCAGUGCA